GUCCGAUGGCGCUCAGUUCGCAACCGGACGAUCUUGGAAUAACAGCCUGAUACUUAACGCGUUCGUAACAUUUUGCAUGACACGGUGUGUGCUGUGUGUGGACAUUGACUGCCAAAAAGUGCUAUCAAGUGAUGAAUGAAUAGAUCGGAAGAAUCAAACAGUGGACGGUGAAAAGUGAAGAAAGUGAGUGACAGUAAUUGAAGAAAUUUGAUGGACUGUUGUUGUGACAGAUUUAACUAGCUCGAGAAUUGGAUAUUUCUUUGGACGGCGACAAUCAGAUAAAGCACCAGAAUCCCCGCCACGACGAAUUGUCCCGCUCGCUAAGCCGCUUCUUUCGGGGCAUCGUCUGAUAAUUGAAAUCAACUCGACGACUGUGGGGGGCUUUUGAACGGCACAACAGUGAAUCCAAAACCGACCUGAUUGUUUGUGCUCCACCAGACGAAGCGACAAAACUCCCCGAAGAGGGCUGAAGCAGGAGGCUGAGGGAGGAGAAGGCAUCUGACUAUACUUCAUUUAUUAGUCACGUUAUGUUAAUUGUUGACGGUGCUGAGAAGAGAGGUGUUUGUUUGGACGAUUAAGAAUCGGGUCAUUGUGUGGUUGAAACUCGUGGUGGUGCACUUGAGUGCGCAAAAAUCAUGGAGAGCAUCGUGAAGAGAACGUUGAUUGCGCAGUUCUUCGGGUUGCUUAUUUUGGCGGCGGUGGCUCAGAAUGCGGAUCCCGUCCUGUACCCUCCGACCCCCGGAACUCCAACGACCCAAGCCGAUCGACAGUUUCGAGUGGUGUACGAGUGGAAUAUGAUGGACUUUGCUUACCCCACCGAAGAGGAUCGGGCACGUGCACUCUACAGUGGAGAGUACAUCCCGAAAAACGUUCUGAUUUCGGACGUUAAGCCGUACGCCAAUCGAUUGUACGUGACGGUGCCUCGUAUGCUGCCCGGUGUUCCGGCAACGCUCGGAUAUUUUGUUCGUCCGGAGAACAAUGGACGCACGGAUCCGGAAAUAGUGCCUUUCCCAUCGUGGGCCAUGAACGAGAGGGGAAAUUGCUCGGCGUUGCAGUUCGUGCAGGGCAUCGCCAUCGACAAGUACGGCAUCAUGUGGGUGGUGGACUCUGGCCGGACGGAAACACUGCAGAGAGGCAACAACCACGUGACCUGUCCACCCAAACUGCUCUUGCUGGACCUGAAGCGCAACGGAUCGAUCGUUUUGCGGUAUGAAUUCCCCCAGCAGGUGGUCCCAAUCGGUAACAACUACCUCAACAAGAUCGUCAUUGACGAUGCCUUCGGAGGGUUCGCCUACAUCACCGACAACAGCGGAUCCGAUCCGGGAAUCGUCGUCUUCUCACGUCGUCUCCACCAAUCGUGGAAGGUUCGCGAGAACAACUCGAUGCGAGCUGCCCAGAAUGCCGUUCAGUUCUCCAUCAAUGGAACCGAGCUGACUUUCUCGAUUCACAUCGAUGCCAUCGCCUUGGGGCCGUACUACAAUCCAAACGUUCAGAACGACAUCGACCCUCAGGUUGAUCCGCUGUUGGCCAAUCAGAACUACGAGAGAAAUGUGUACUACAGCCCACUGUCGAGCUAUCACCUGUACUCGCUGCCAGCUUCAUUGCUGCGUGAUCCAGAAUACGUAGCGAAAGCUACACCGAGAGACAUUUUGGAAGCCGUCACGGACUACGGACGGAAGAGUUCCCAGACCGACGGAAUGAUCAUGGACAACCAGGGUGAGCUGUACUACGGCUUGCUCGGGGAUCACUCGAUCGCCCGUUGGGAUUCCUACAAGCCAUUCACGCCCAAAAACCAGAUCAUCAUUGCUAGAGACCGCAUCCACAUUCAGUGGGUCGAUGGAAUGGGUUUCGACCAUGAAGGAUACUUGUACGUGGUGGUCAAUCGUCUACAUAACUUUGUCGCCGGAAGGAUGCGACCCGAUGAGACCAACUUCCGUAUUUUGCGGGCCAAGACCAACGCGCUGAGCUACGUUGAAACGCCGAACAACGUGUUCAACAACGACGUUCGCUACAAAUACGACGGCGAGGUGGACAACAGCUUGCUGCAUUAUGGGGUGUCCUCGACGACGCCAGUGUCUAGCCGAUUGGAAACGGCAUCGAUUUUCGGACGAGGAGCAGCUGGAGUCAAGGAAGCUAGCUUAGUGACGGUGCUGAUUAUGGUGGCAGUGGCAAAGAUUCUGGCGGUGUAAAAAUGACAAGUUAACGAUGAGAAGACGUGGAAAACAUUCCUGAUUUCAGUUACCAAGUAGAGUUUCUUAAUUAACGUGUAAGUUAAGAUUAAGUUUGUAAAUAAUCGAUGUUACGAAGUGUAAAUAAGCUUUAAGUUCGAGAAUUGAAGCAAGAGUAAGGUACAUGCAAAGCAUUUCAAGAAUACGAAAUAAAGAUGCAACUUUGUUG